AUGGCGGCGGCGGGCGGGCGGAGCGAGGCCGGCGGGCCUCUCUGGCCUGGGUGGCCGCCGCUGCUGCUGCUGCUGCUGCUGGCGGCGGCGGAGGCCGCAGUCGGGGCGGGAGCCGGCAGCGAGGAGGCCAGCACGGUGGAGUUUGACGUGCGACCCGGCGGGAUGGUGCAUUCCUUCUCCCGGAGCCUGGGCGAGUACACCUGUGUGUUCACGUAUGCGGCUCAGGGAGGAACCAAUGAGCAAUGGCAAAUGAGUGUUGGCAUCAGUGAAGACAACCUCCUCUUCUCCUGUUCAGUUUGGAGGCCCCAAGGGAAAUCUUACCUGUUCUUUACCCAGUUCAAAGCGGAAGUGCAGGGAGCGAAAAUCGAGUACGGCAUGGCUUACUCUAAGGCAGCCUCUGCAGGAGACAAUGAUGUUCCCUUAAAGGAAGAGGAGUUUGAAGUGACUGAAACCACAGUGUCCCACAGAGAAGGGCGUUUCCGCUCCGAACUGUCCAAACUUGUUCUUGUGGCCAAGACACCCCAUGAUGAACUCUGAGCUGGAGCCCAAGAGGAGUCUGUCUACUCUCGGCUAUGAACUGGUGGUUAAUUCCUGAUUGGCUAGUGGGGAGGAGACUGGAAGCCAAUUUUGCCCUCCUUGGAUGUGCCCAGUUAAGUGGUGAGCGUGCUUCCUGGGAUCAGAGAAACUGGGGUUCCAGCAGUCUUUGUGGCAGGGAGGGAACUUCCAAGAACCUACUUCUCAAACUUGAGUGCCGCUUCUGAAAUUGCUGGUGUUGGCACUCUGAGGCCUGGCUCCUUAUCUUCCCAGGAAGACCUUCUAGGGAAGAUAAGGAGACUGGAUUGCAGAGCUUCCUCAAGGGAAGGAGUUAAGGCUGCUCUGUCCAGUGAGAUUAGCUUUCCUAUUCUGUUCAGGGAAAGCCACUGGGAUGCAGUGGGCCAAACCUCUCCUCCUUCCUCUCCUCCCUGCCCUGACUCGGCCGUGUUGGUUUGGGAGAAAGUGGUGGCUUUAAGAUCCACCUGGUGCCCUAUUUCUAUCAAGUGCUGCCCCAGAGCUUUUCUUAAACCUACCUGAGUGGUUUACCGCAUCGGUUGAGCGAUUGAAAAUUGUUGUUCAAAUAAAACAGGGCUAGGUGGGGGAGAAAGUCAUUU